AUGUCUCGACUGUCCGACUACCAACUACUCUGCUUCGAUGUCUACGGCACCUUAAUCGACUGGGAGGGCGGCAUUCUCGCAGCGCUGCAACCGACCCUAGCAAACGCCAACGAGCAAUUCUCCCGCGAGCACCUACUAACGGUGUUCCACGAGCUCGAAAGCAAGCAGCAGCGCCUCACGCCAGACAUGCCAUACUCCCAGCUUCUCGCAACAGUCCACCCACACCUCGCUGAGCGGCUAGGUCUUCCACCACCCAGUGCCGCAGACAACACGCGCUUCGGGGAUUCAGUCGGCAACUGGCCCGCGUUCCCCGACACGGUGGCGGCACUACGGCGUCUCGCCCAGCACUUCAAGCUCGUCGUUCUCUCCAACGUCGACCGCGACUCGUUCGCCAAAUCCAACGCUGGCGGACUACAGGGCAUUCCCUUCGACUUGGUCAUCACGGCCCAGGAUAUCGGCUCGUACAAGCCCGACCCGCGCAACUUUGAGUAUAUGCUGCGGGCCGUGCAGGACACGUUCGGGAUCGAGCCCGAUCGCAUUCUGCAGACGGCCCAGAGCCAGUUCCAUGACCAUCGGACGGCGCGCGAGGUUGGGAUCAAGUCCGUGUGGAUUGAGAGGCCCGGGGCUACGAUGGGCAAUCUGGACGAGCCGAUCUUUGAUUGGCGGUUUGAUACGUUGGGGGAGAUGGCAGAUGCGUUGGAAAAGGAGAAAUGA